GCAAACCGAGACAUCGUUAUAAACACGCGAGGAGAUAUUCGAGGUGUGGCGGAUGUGGUGAUUGACAAUUUCUAUCUCUGUAUUGUUUAAAUACUUACUGUUGACUGUUGAUAUGUUUCAUAUAUGAUUUGCAUAAUAAUUCCGCUAAAUACAAAUUCCUGAUUGCUGCCCUCUCUGAGUUUUGGUUGGAUUCGUGUAAUUCCGUCAUCUUGAAAUACUAAUAUUACAAUUACAAUAAAUAACUACAAAUUGGCGUCGCGAUGGAGCUAAGUAACCUGGGAAAAUUUCCUAUUAAUGGGUCUCCGUGGGAGAUUGCUGAUUAUUUGGAAUGCUUCGAUGCGUGGUGCAUUUCAAAGAAUGUUCGGGAUGACAAAAUACCUGCUAAUUUCAUCACGACCAUUGGGCUUGAUGCAUAUAGCCUAGUAAAGACUCUGGCGUUGCCAGAUAAACCCAUUUCUCUGUCAUAUGUCAAGAUUCGUGAACUUCUGAUAAAUCACUUCCAUGUAACUACAUUUGAGACCAGAGAGAGGGCUCACUUCAACAAACUGGUUCUUACUCCCAACCAGAGGAUUAGAGACUUUAUUCUGCAACUCUAAAUACAAGCUUCAAAGUGUAACUUUGGAGAUCAGCUUCAUACUCAACUACGUGAUCGUCUAAUUGCUGGAAUCAAUAUUCCUAAGUUAGAGAAAGAGUUAAUU